CACCUGGCCAGCUCCAUGAGGGCCAAGCAAGUGAACUUGCUGACGGCGCUCAUCGCUGUCAUCCUCUUCAGCUUCUCCUGUUUCUGCAUCUCCAGGAUGACUCAGACCAGAAAUCAAUUAAUUAAUUGCAGAAACCAUAUUUUGGAGUUUAAGGAAAGUUUUCUCCGUUUACAAAACAAAACUGAAAGCAAUCGCCAUCAGCUGAUGGAAGCCUUCAGUAAAAUAAAGUAUGACAACAGACAGAGUGGAGAUGCAUCCGUAAACUUAGGCGAGAAGGAAGUGAAUACAUUGGAUAAGAAUAAAACAGUGUCCAAUACAUUUGAAAUCUUAAAGUUCUUUCUCUCUCAUCUGAAGAAAGUAGACAGAAUUUAUCCUAAUGUAAUCAUCAGCAAAAAGAAAAAAGGCGUGUCUUUUGCACUUGGCAUUUCCACUGUUAAGAGACGAAAUCAUAGUUACCUGAAGCAAACGCUGACCUCACUUAUUUCCAGGAUGACACUUUCGGAGCAGAAGGACUCUGUAGUGAUCGUAUCUAUUGCAGAUAGUAAUAAAGAGUAUUCAAAAUCUGUUGUUGACAUGAUUAGAAAAACAUUCAAAAGGCAAGUGAAGUCUGGAUCCUUAGAGGUAAUUUCAAUACCUGCCUUUUUUUAUCCAGACAUGUUACAUGCCAUGCAGUCAACUGAGGAUUUACAAAAACGAAAGAGUUGGCAAAUGAAACAAGUUUUGGAUUUUUGUUUUUUGAUGCUGUAUGCCCAACCGAAGGCCAUGUAUUAUCUACAGCUAGAAGAUGACAUCAUAGCUAAAAAGAUGUACUUUACAAAAAUCACAGAUUUUGUACAUAGUAUCACUUCAAAUAAUUGGUUUUAUAUUGAGUUUUCAGUUCUUGGAUUCAUAGGAAAGCUAUUUAAAUCUGAGGACUUAACUGACUUCAUACAAUUUUUUUUAAUGUUCCACAAAGAUAGACCCAUAGACUGGCUGUUGGAGGACAUUUUUAAGGUGAAGAUGUGUAACCCAAGAGAAACUUUUGAGAAAUGUGCAGAACGAAAUAAGCAAAUUCGUAUUCAAUAUAGACCUUCCCUUUUCCAGCAUGUGGGCAUACAGUCAUCACUUCGUGAAACUAAACAAUAUUUAAAAGAUAUCUACUAUUAGGAAUUACAUAAUUCUAACACCUUUUAUAAUGAUCAGAAUUCUUUGGAAAAAAAUGGCAUAACAAGGAUUAGACUAUUUUCCAACCUUCUUCAUAGUAGAUAAGCAACUAUGUCAUAUUUUUAAAAAGUUAAAUCUUCAAUUAUAAACUGGAAAUAUGAAACUAAUAAUCAUAACAAGAAGAAACUCUGUAGUACCUUGGGACCUCAGAAACUGUGCUUUCUAAAUGGCAUAUGUCAGACAUUGUACUAAUGAAAGUAUAUAAUUAUAUAGAAAAGGAAAAAAAACAGUGAACAAACUAGUGGAAUUGAAAGUAUUAAACAUCCCUUAUGUCUAGAAAAAUUAGAACAUUUUUAUGAUGUUUGUACUCUUAAAAUUUAAUAUUAAAAUAGUAAAGGCACAGAAGCUUUUAAAAAUUGAGAAAUGUAUUUUGUUGACAUAGAUAGUGAUGCUAUUACAUAAUCUCAAUAAAUAGCUAAAAGUUCAGAAACUUGACAUUCAGUAUGAAUUGGUGUAUGUCCUAAUACAUUUUAUUAAGACAUCUAAAGAAACAGAAAGCAAAAGUUGAAGCAAGCCAAGGU